GUGUCGUUAUCCAGAAGCAGUUUCCGACGAUCUGUUUGAGCUUUUUUGGAUGGAGGAAGGAACUUCGGGUUCACGGAGAACACGGUCUCAAGUUGCUCCGGAUUGGGCUGUCAAAGACUGUCUAAUUCUCGUGAAUGAGAUCGCUGCGGUCGAAGCGGAUUGUUCGAAUGCUUUAUCUAGCUUCCAGAAAUGGACAAUGAUCUCGGAGAACUGUAACGCUUUGGAUGUACGCAGAAAUCUAAACCAAUGCAGGAGGAAAUGGGAUUCAUUGGUGUCUGAUUACAAUCAGAUCAAGCAGUGGGAGUCCCAGUACCGAGGCAGUGGUCGUUCCUAUUGGUCCCUGAGUAGUGACAAGAGGAAGUUACUGAAUCUCCCGGGGAAUAUCGAUAUCGAGCUUUUUGAAGCUAUCAGUGCGGUUGUGAUGAUCCAAGAUGACAAAGCUGGGACUGAAUCUGAUAGUGACCCGGAAGCGCAAGACGUUGUUGAUAUCUCUGCUGAAUUAGCUUUUGUAGGAUCAAAAAGAUCAAGACAGCGAACAAUUGUCAUGAAGGAGAACCCGCCACAGAAGACAAAGAAAGAAGAACCACGGACAAGCCGAGUUCAAGUAAACACUCGAGAGAAACCUAUAACUGCAAAAGCAACCCAUCAGAACAAAACCAUGGAAGAGAAGAGGCCGAUGGAAGAAAUCUCUACGGAUGAAGAAGAAGAAGAAGAAGAAGAAGAAGAGGAAACAAUGAACAUAGAAGAGGAGGUAGAAGUGAUGGAAGCGAAGCUAAGUUAUAAAAUUGACUUGAUACAUGCGAUAGUCGGGAGAAAUCUAGCAAAAGAUAAUGAAACAAGGGAUGGUAUUAGUACGGACGACAAGUUGAAGUUCGUGAGACAGCAAGGAGACGAGCUCAUCGGUUGUCUGAGUGAAAUUGUUAGUACCCUUACUAGGCUUCGUGAAGUUCCACAAUAAAUCGAGUGAUUUACAAGGUGAAUAACUUUCAGCUGUAAAUGUUUAGCCAUUUACUUCUUUGGAAUCGUAAUAUAAUAGACUUGUAGUG